AUGGUCGACUCCGAACCCUUCCCCGCCCUCAGUUCGGCGGCGGAACAGCUACAGCACGUCAACGGUAACGGCACCAGCAACGGCACCGCUUCCGGUGCCCAUGCCCAUGCUGCCGACGGAGCCGCUCGUAGACGGCGUAAGAGCAGCGUUCUCGGCGGCGAUAUUAACGCCGGUGACACGGGAGCGCCUGCUAUGGCAUCGAGCCGGGUCAGUCUCGAUGCCAACGAUUAUGCUAACGGACACAAGCGCAUCUCCAAGCGUCGCCGUGCCCGCGGCUUCUUCGCCCGCGCUCGCCAGACCAUGAUCAAGCGCACCUUCGUCCUCCCCGCCAUCAUCAUCCUGCUGUUCCUCGCCGGAUACGCCGUCAACCCUACCGAGUCCAACCCAAUCCACUACUUCAUCUUCCUCUCCUACAAGCUGCCGCAGGAUGACCCCAGCGUUCCGGCCCAGUACGGCAAGGGCCUAUGGGACAUUGCCUUCGUCUCCUUCUACACCGUUGUCCUCUCCUUCACCCGCGAGUUCAUCAUGCAGGAGAUGCUCAAGCCCCUCGCUCGCUAUUGUGGCCUCAGUCGCGGCAAGCAGGCCCGUUUCAUGGAGCAGAUGUACACUGCCGUCUACUUUGGUGUCCUCGGUCCCGCCGGCCUCUAUGUCAUGAGCCUCACUCCCGUCUGGUACUUCAACACGGCCGGCAUGUACGAGGACUUCCCCCACACCACCCACCUGGCGCCCGUCAAGUUCUACUACCUCUUCGAGGCUGCCUACUGGGCCCAGCAGGCCAUCGUCCUUAUUCUCGGCAUGGAGAAGCCCCGCAAGGACUUCAAGGAGCUCGUCGGCCACCACAUUGUCAGCCUGGCUCUCAUUGCCCUCAGCUACCGCUUCCACUUCACCUACAUCGGCCUGCCCGUCUACGUCACCCACGACAUCAGCGACUUCUUCCUGGCCACCUCAAAGACGCUCAACUACCUCGACUCCUCCCUCACAGGCCCCUACUUUGUCCUCUUCAUGGGUGUCUGGAUCUAUCUCCGCCAUGUCAUCAACAUCAAGAUCAUCUGGUCCCUCUUCACUGAGUUUGAGACCAUCGGUCCCUUCGAGAUGGACUGGGAUGCGGGGCAGUUCAAGUGCCGUCUUAGCCAGGUUAUCACCGCGAGUCUGCUCUCGUCCCUGCAGGCUCUGAACCUGUUCUGGCUCUUCUGCAUCGGCCGUAUCGCCUACCGCUUUGCCUUCCAGAACGAGCUUGAUGAUGACCGCUCCGACUAUGAGGACGAGGAGGAAGAGACGCCGAUGCCUGAGCCCAAGGCCAACGGCCUCACUAACGGCAAUUCUCACGAACAAGGGCAUGCGGAUGGGCAUGCGGAUGGGCAACUUUUGCAACACAACGUUGAGUCUUUGUGUCAAGAAAACGCCAAACAGCAAUGCACAAUGCACAACACACAAUGCGACGCUAUGUCCGGGACACUCCGGAAUACCCAUGCCAACGUUAGCGUUGCGACGCGCACGAAACCCCGUGCCUGA